UCAUACUAUAUUAACCCUUUGAUUUACAUCUAACUAUCCUGUUUCACAAUGUCUCAAAUGUUUAAUAAUGCCCGUUCCGACACCUUGUUCCUCGGUGGUGAAAAGGUGAGCGGCGAUGACAUCAGAAACCAAAACGUUUUGGCCGCCUCCGCUGUAGCCAACGUUGUCAAGUCCUCUUUGGGGCCUGUUGGCUUGGAUAAAAUGUUGGUUGACGAUAUUGGUGACGUUGUUGUGACCAACGAUGGGGCAACUAUUUUGAGCUUGUUGGAUGUCCAACACCCGGCUGGUAAGAUCUUGGUCGAGUUGGCCCAGCAACAAGACCGUGAAGUCGGUGACGGUACCACCUCUGUUGUCAUCAUUGCCGCAGAAUUGCUCAAGCGAGCUAACGAAUUGGUGAAGAACAAGGUCCACCCAACCACUAUUAUCACUGGCUACAGAGUCGCCUUAAGAGAAGCAACUCGGUACAUCACGCAAGUCUUGUCCCAACCGGUUGAGAGCUUGGGCAAGGAAACCAUGAUUAACAUUGCCAAGACCUCCAUGUCUUCAAAGAUUAUUGGUUCUGACUCUGAGUUCUUUUCCAAGAUGGUUGUUGAUGCCAUGUUGGCCGUCCAGACCACCAACUCCAAGGGCGAAACCAAGUACCCAGUCAAGGCUGUAAACGUCUUGAAGGCGCACGGUAAAUCCGCCUUGGAAUCCGUCUUGGUCAACGGCUACGCUUUGAACUGUACCGUCGCGUCCCAGGCCAUGCUCAAGAGCAUCACUGGUGCCAAAAUUGCCUGUUUGGACAUCAACUUACAGAAGGCUAGAAUGGCCAUGGGUGUCCAGAUUAACAUUGACGAUCCAGAACAGUUGGAAGAAAUCAGAAAAAGGGAGUACGGUAUUAUCAUUGAGAGAAUUAGAAAGAUCAUUGCUGCGGGCGCCAACGUUGUAUUGACCACCAAGGGUAUCGAUGACUUGUGCUUGAAGGAGUUUGUCGAAGCCGGUGUUAUUGCCGUUAGACGUUGUAAGAAGGAAGACUUGAGGAGGAUUGCCAGAGCUACGGGUGGUACUUUCAUCAGCAGUAUGUCCAACUUGGAUGGCGACGAAACUUACGAGGCCAGCUACUUAGGUUACGCCGAAGAGGUUGUUCAGACCAGAAUCAGCGAUGAUGAAUGUAUCUUGAUUAAGGGCACCAAGGCACACUCCUCGUCUUCCAUUAUUUUGAGAGGUCCAAACGACUACACCUUGGACGAAAUGGAGAGAUCGUUGCACGAUUCUUUGUCCGUAGUGAAGAGAACCUUGGAGAGCGGUAACGUUGUCCCUGGUGGCGGUGCUGUCGAAACUGCCUUGAACAUCUAUCUCGAAAAUUUUGCCACCACUGUCGGCUCCAGAGAACAGUUGGCCAUUGCCGAAUUUUCCAACGCCUUGUUGGUUAUCCCAAAGACCUUGGCUGUCAACGCCGCUAAAGACUCCUCUGAAUUGGUUGCCAAGUUGAGAUCUUACCACGCCGCGUCUCAGUCUGCCUUGCCAACCCAAACCAAGAGAAAGGGAUACAAGAACUACGGCUUGGAUUUGAUUAACGGUAAGGUUGUUGAUGAGUCCAUCCACGGUGUCUUGGAGCCCUCCAUCUCCAAGAUCAAGUCCUUGAAAUCUGCGUUAGAGGCCUGUAUUGCAAUUUUGAGAAUUGAUACCAUGAUUACUGUUGACCCUGAGCAGCCAAAAGAAGAUCCUCAUGGUCAUUAAGGAAGCAUAUUUUGCGGGUGUUGAACCUUCCUGCCGUCUUCCAUAGGACUGGAUUAAAAAAGAGUUCAAGCUCAAAAGAUCAGGAGAAAGGUAUCAAUGUAACUAGAGACCCUGGCGCUUCCUUGGAAGAGAAUUUUCAUUGGUUCCUCUGCCUUGUCUAUAAUUGUUACCUAGUUCAAUGUUCUCCCUUUUUUCCUCCGC